AUUUCACUUCGAUUAUUAUCUGAAAACCUUGGGUCAAUUUUGAUAUAUCUAGUAGUCUAGUAAACUACGGAGUAGUACUAUCCAAAAAUAAAUGGGCCGUAUACAGUUUUCAAUAAGCCAGCCCAAAUCUCUAAAAAGCCCCCAAAAAAACAGAAGCUGAAGCCCAAUCUUGCGUGAUUAAUCUGGUAAUGCAUUUUCAUAUUCCCAGAAUCUGCAAUUUUCAUUUGUCUCCAUUUCAUUUUUUUUCUUCAUCCCGUCGAACCCGAUAAUCCGGCGCCUGAAAAUUCUAUUAUUCCGACAAAUUUCGAAUUUGUUCUUCAUAUUACUUUGUCGAAAGAAACCCAAAAAUAAUUAAAAAAAAAAAAAAAAAGUGUAAAAAAAAAAUAGAGAAUAAAUGUGGUAUAGAUCUCCUUCCUUCAUCCUUGAUAACCAAGAGCAAGAGAAAUUCUUACUACGACAACAACUGGACCAACAAAACGACGACGUUUUAAACCCACCACCUCCGCCUUCAAUGUCGGAAAUAUCCAUCCAAAACCCUAACCCUAAUAUUUCGGCGUAUUACCAAACAAGGGCGGCCCACCAUGCUGUUGUUACGAGCGACUGGCUUGCGCAAGCUCAGGCCGCCGUUUCUGGUGGAGUUACCGGCGAGGAUACGGUGGAAAAGGUGGAGGAGGAUGAUCGUGUGGUGGAGAAAGGGGAGAGUGUGAUUGAGGAGUUUAAUAGUUGGAGGAAACAACCUGAUUUGGCAGAGGCGGUUGCGGCAAUUAGGGCUUUGGCUUCUGUGAUUAGGUCCAGUAAAGCUACUACUAUGAUGGAACUUGAGAUUGAGCUUAAGAAGGCUUCCGAUUCUCUGAAGUCAUGGGAUGCAACGUCCAUCUCAUUAACUGCUGCUUGUGAUCUGUUUAUGCGAUAUGUGACCAGAACUUCAGCCUUAGAGUAUGAAGAUUUUAAUUCCGCCAGGUCUCGUCUGAUGGAGCGUGCAGAGAAGUUUGGGGAGAUAUCUUACAAGGCACGUAGAAUUAUCUCAAUGCUUAGCCAAGAUUUUAUAUUUGAUGGAUGCACCAUUUUGGUUCACGGUUUCUCUCGAGUUGUACUGGAGGUGUUGAAGACAGCAGCGCAAAAUAAAAAAUCAUUUCGUGUUUUCUGCACAGAGGGAAGACCCGACAGGACUGGAUUACGUUUCUCUAAUGAAAUGGCCAAGCUUGAUGUUCCUGUGAAACUCCUAAUUGACUCAGCAGUUGCAUAUUCUAUGGAUGAGGUUGACAUGGUUUUUGUUGGGGCAGAUGGAGUGGUUGAAAGUGGUGGCAUAAUUAACAUGAUGGGAACUUACCAGAUUGCAUUGGUUGCUCACAGCUUGAACAAACCAGUUUAUGUUGCUGCUGAAAGUUACAAGUUUGCACGUCUCUAUCCUCUGGAUCAGAAAGAUAUGGCUCCUGCCUUGCGCCCUAUCGACUUCGGUGUGCCUGUUCCGUCCAAGGUGGAGAUUGAAAAAUCAGCCCGUGAUUAUACACCUCCACAAUAUCUGACUCUUCUGUUCACAGAUCUUGGUGUUUUAACACCAUCUGUGGUCAGUGAUGAGCUCAUUCAGCUUUACUUGUAGUGGUGCCUAGAUUGGAUUUUGAUUAUCCGGCAAAUGAUGUAUCUGCGGUAUACAGCUGCAUGACUGUUACUGUAAUGAUGAAAUCCCAUAUAGGGGAUCAAUUUUUGAAAUAUUUUGGUUGGAAGUUUAUAUUAAAAAAGCUUGUAUCUUAACUUUGGUCAUCAACUGAUGCUUAGAGUCAUAAGCAUUGUUGUUACUGCUUGCAUUAUACAAUGUCAAUGUUUGUGUAGAGAA